AUGGCGCAGUCCGAUAACUCUCCGACAGAAAAGUCCAAGGCAGCAGGCCCUUUGCUGCCAUCAGCUGGCAAGCAAUUGGCCAGCUACGGAGCCGACGAGACGCAAAAGGACACAAUGCCCAAGGAAUCAUUCCCAGCCCAGCACGAAGAUCCAACUCCCGCACAGGACGUUUAUCCAGAAGGAGGCACGAAAGCCUGGUACGUUGUCUUGGGGUCUUUCUGCGCCAUGUUGUCUCUCCGAGAAUACACAGCUUCUCAACUGGGAUGGAUAUUUUCCGUCUACCUGUUUGUCGUAUAUCUUAUCGGCAUCAUAGUUGGGCCAGCUUUCGACAAAUAUGGUCAUCGAAUUCUUGUCGCUGCAGGCAGCGUCAUCAUGGUUGCCGGUCUAGUCGUUCUCAGCUUUUGCUCAGAAUAUUAUCAAAUUAUUCUUACCUUCUCCAUAAUGGCUGGAAUCGGCGGAUCACUGAUCAACACGCCAUCCUUUGCCGUCAUCGGCCAUUGGUUCAACACAAGACGAGGGCUAGCAAUGGGUCUCGCAGCUACCGGAGGCUCGUUCGGGGGUAUCGUGUUCCCCUUCGUGCUUCAAGCUGCCCUGCCACGGUUCGGUUUCUCUUGGAGCAUGCGUCUACUUGGGCUUAUCUACCUCGUACUCGCUAUUCCUGCAAAUCUUUUCAUGAGGACGCGUCUACCACCGAGCGAGAAAUUUGAUUCAAUAUGGCCUGACAUCCGACUUUUCAAGGACGCCAAAUUUGUCUUCUGCUGUGGUGGAAUAUUCUUCAUGGAAUACGGUGUACUCAUCCCUCUCACGUACAUCAUUUCGUUCUCUGUGAGCAAAGGGCAAAACGCAAGCACCAGCUACCUUCUCCCCAUUCUUCUCAACGCUGGAAGUGUCGUUGGUAGAGCCGCCCCGGGGUUCUUAGCCGAUCACAUCGGUCGUUUCAAUACCAUCAUUCUCACGGUCGGACUGUGCAUGGUAUCGGUUUUCGGGAUUUGGUUACCCGCUGGCAACUCAUGGCCGACAUUACUUGCAUUCACCUUCAUCUUUGGGUUCGCGAGUGGUGGAAACGUCAGUCUCAUCCCCGCCUGCAUUGGCCAACUCUGCGACUCGAGGGACUAUGGUCGUUUCUUGUCCACUGCGAUGCUCUCGGCCAGUUUUGGGACCCUGACUGGAAUACCGCUUGGCGGACAAUCCUCGGCUAUGCCGCCUCCUCCGAAGCCUCGACCGGCCGCGGCCGUUCUGACGACCGAGAACUUCAACACGUAUGUCGUGUAUAAACGAGACACGAAGCAUUUACUUUACUGGAUGAUCAACACCUCGAACUCCAUCAUCAAAAAGUACCCGAACUCCCAAGACUGCUCUCCGGCGACCCCGCAGCUCGACAUCAACACAUCCGGGCAGACCACAGUAGCAGGCCUCCUCGCCAUGGCCCAGCUCAUUGCUCGAUACAUCCAGCCCAUCCCAAAGAUGGUUCUUCAGCUGCUUUACUGGAUUAUUCAAGCGCGAGCUACCUAUCACAAGGAGUUUCAAAGGCACGCUGCCAACCAUCCUGACGCCGAUCUCGAGAGGAGCAACGCGUCCCACAAGCACUUCAUCGAUGCCCUUGCCCAUGUCCUGGAAGCUUUUGGCGGCAAAGAUCAACUAUCAGCGCCCCAGGACAAACGCCACGUCAACGUCACCAGGGAGGAAGUCGAAGAGAUGUUGUUCUCGAACAAGUUCUCCGUCCUCCACGUCAACCCCGCCGGUGGCCCAGACAGCGAAUCAGAGCAGGAGGAACAGAAUCAUGGUCAAGCCAUCAGGAACAAGAGGACGAAGGGACGAAAGGUUCAGUCGAAGAAGUCGAAGAAGGGACGUAAGGCACCGGCUCAGCGCGCUUCAGACGACCUUGAAGACAUACCACUGGAGAACUAUCGCCUCCUAGAGAGUGACGAAGAGCUUUUGCUGGAGUAUACCAUGGCAGUAUUUGCUUUGAGAAAUGAGUGGCAACUGCUCCGAGACUACCUCUUGGAAGCAUGGGAUGACGUCGCCUACAAAGGCAUGAACACCGUCGUCGCAACAGGCUUGUGCAAGAUGGCGGUCGCAAUGGUUCAACGAUCGGAGCUCAGCAUCUUCGUAGACUUCCUCGGCAAGGACUCGUACGAAAUUUGCAUGCUGAUCUUGACGCGUGGAGGUCACAUCGACGAAAUGCAGAAGAACAGUAUUGCACUAGACAAGGCCGAGGGCUACGAAGGGCCUGACCUCGACCUGCGCGAGCAGAUCAUGCUCUAUGCGUAUCGGGACCUAUUUGAUUUCAUCAAAGACUUUCGCCAUAACCGCAACGGUAAGCCUACCAAGGCAAUGCAGACGGAUACCGAAUGGGACCCCAACUUUGCAAUCGCGGACGCUACGAACGAGCAGAGGAUCAAGUGGCGACGCGCCUAUGCCAUCAGCUGGUUGUACGAUCUGGUGAACGUCUUUUCGUCGCCAUUCUUCGAGCAUGGUUUAGCCGACCGUCAUCAGAGGAAGAACAAGCUUGAAGAUGUGGAUUGGACGACCACAAAGGUUCCGUGGAAAGAGCAUCGAGGACUAUUCGGCCUGAACGACUUCGCGGCCUGGGUUACCACGCUGGCGAUGCAGAAGCCUGGAGCAGACGGCGAUCUGGCAAAGAAGAUCUUACCGCAUCACGUCUUUCAGCUCCAAUGCGUUCUCGAUGCCACGACUGUGACGAAAGGCUGGAACUUUGACGACACUGGCGCUCAUCUGCUAAAGCCAAUCGCGUGGGACUUCCGCCCCAGACGGGACAUCGACGAUUUCGUUUUUACGAGACUCGAAACUUCCGGUGCUCAGUUUAGAGGGGGCGUCACCUCAAUACUAACAGCUCUCAAAAUUGAUGGUGAUGUGCACCGCGACCACGACCGCCAUUACGUGAAGGCUCGUGCCCUCAUCAAUCUUGAGAACGACCUGCUCCGGAGCUUGGGAACGUCUUACUUGGCCAAACCGCAGUCUUCUAGACCACCAUCCAGAUUUCUUUCCACCAAUUCCAACGGUCUUUGGGACUUCUCACCGUAUAUGUGCGGCGAGGGGUUAGCGGAAGCUCUCCAGCUGGCGUACAUCGCCGGCAUGUGGUUGAUGGACGUCAUGCCGGAGCCGACGAUGGCUUUGCACAUUUACAACAUGCUGGUUGAACAGAAACGUAUGGAGCCCCUCCAGAUGUACGGGUUUCUCCAGAGGGAAUUUCGGAACUGCUUCUUCGUCGAUGGUCAACCCCCAAAGUCGGACUUCAAGAAUGCUCUGGUGAAACAGUGCGGCAUACAGAACCAUGGUCUCCACCGAUUCAGACGCAAUGAGCGAAGACUCCACCCGAAGACGGCCGGAGAGAUCAGAGUCGGCCACUGGAUGUUUGAACAGAACCACUUCUUCAGGAGGAAGUCCAUGCUCAUGCUUUAUGCCGAGUCCAACUGGAAUCCCAGCCGCAUACCUGACAGCGAGCUCGGUAUUAACACAAUGGUCACGUCCGGCCGAGUUGGCAGAACCAAAGAGGUUAUUGAUCCAGUCACUGGUGAGAGCAAGCUGGAGGACACCGAUCUCAUCAAGCAUCUCAAGUCCCUAGGGAUGGACGAGAAGUUCAUGUUCGACUUUGCUUCCAAAGUUCGAGAGGAGAGAAAGAAGAACGGCGAUUACUCUGGCGAUGAGACACUCCCACGUCUCCAGAUGGCGAGAAGGCUCAGGGAGAAAAGUGAUCCUCAUGAUAUAUCGGCCGCAGAGUUGAUGGAAAGCUCCAAGCAUGACCUUCUCAACGAUAUAUCCGGCAAAGCUCCUUUGUCGGGAAUCAACUUCAUCUGGAUCGCUGCCGAAUUCGCGGACAUGUUCAGGGAACUCGAGAUGCAGCUUCAAUCCAAGCAGAAUCCUUUGUACCAACGCAUUUACGAGAGUCAUUCGCGAUGGAGCCAUCUCAAGAGAGUUGGGCUCACUCGGUUUGCGAUGGAAGGAAGAAAUGAGGACUGUCUGGAGGCAAUGGCUCACAUAUUGCAGGCUUCACCAACGCAGUUCGAGGAAUACCUCUAUUGGCAAGAGUUCGGAGUUCCCAUGUGUAUGAGGAUGGAGAGGAAGAUGGAUAGGGCUCUCAAAUUCGCAAAAGACACCAUGGGCGCGGCGUUUUUUGACAUCGAAAAGUGGAAAAGUUUCUUACCUGAGCUGAUAGCCGCGAUGACUCCUCAUCGCCCCGACGCGACACCGACCGACGCGCCGAUCGCGAAUCGAGCUUCCUACAUCGGCUACAAACACAACACGAGAGAUUUUGUGAGAUGGAUGGUAAAGACGACAAUCUUUGCCAUGAGAUCCCGCUCCACCGACGAAGGCGAGGCAUCCCUGCCCUCCGACAUCAAGACCACCGGAAAGUUCAAGAUCGCUGAUCUGUUGUCGAUGGCCAGCUUCAUCGCCAAGACGCAGGUGACAGUGUCUGGUCACAUCUACCGCUUGGUGCUGUCAAUUGUCCGAGCAAGAACCACGCACUACGAGGCCUUCAAACUUCACGUCUCUGUUUUCCCGGAUCCCGCUAUCGAGCGAAGUAACGCGACUCACCUUUACUUUAUCGAUUCCAUGCUCAGGAUUUUCUCAAUCUUGGGUGGCAACGUCUGGCUUGCACAGCAGAUGCAGGCUACGCAGCUGAGAGCUAGGGGCCAACAAGCUAGCGACAUCAACGAGGUGAAGGAGUUCAUCUUCAGCAACAAAUUCGAUUCCCUCAACGUCGAGCUCUGCGAUGACCAGUCUGACUCGGAGUCCGACACGGAACCCGCCGCCUCUUCCAAGCAGCAGAAGAAUCGGAAGAAGAAGGGUGGGAAAGGAAAGAAAUCCAAGACAGCUGGCAAGAAAUACAGCAAGAGGGACGACUCGACUUCGGAGAUUGAUGAUGUCUCUCUGGACCACUACCGCAUUCUGGAGGACGACGAGGACCUCAUGAUGAGAUACACAAUUGCAGCUUGCGCCUUCAAGUCCGAAUGGACCCAAAUCCGAGCUUACGUUCAAAGAAUGUGGCACGAUGUGGCCUUCGAUGGGCUGAAUGCCGCUACAGCUGGUGCUACGUCCAAUCUUGCCAUUGCCAAGAUUAAGCAUACGGAGUUAGAGAUGUUCGUCGACUUUCCUGACAAUGAUUCGUAUGAAACCAUCAUCCAGGCGCUUACGCGAAACGACCCAGACGGAUUCCAGUCAUUGGCUGAGAAGCAAGCUGCCAAUGGUACCGAAGAUUGUGCAAGUGGCCAACUCGAUACUUCAGAGCAACUUCUCAUCUACGCUUACCACGAUCUCGUCGACUUUGUUUCCGACUUUCAGAAGAACCGUAGCGGAAAACCCACCAAGUUUAUGCAAGCAAAGUUGGGUAUCUGGGACCCCAAAUUCUGUCUCCGCGAUGCCACCAAACAACAAAGACUCAAGUGGCGCAGAACGUUCACGAUCAAUUGGCUGUACGAUUUGGUGAAUGUCUACACCCGUCAUGCGCAAAAAGCUCUUGGAACGCGCUGCCUGGAUGGCUCGGUGGACGUAUCUGCAGAUGGACACUGGGGUGUUUUCCGAAACCUAUUUGGCUUGCACGAUUUCGCUGCCUUUGUCACAUCUCUUGCCAUCUUGAAGCCAGGUUCAAGUUUCCGACACAAGAUCCUGCCGCAUCACGUAUUUCUGCUUCAGUGCGUCGUUGACGCAACCAUGAUCUACCAUGGUUGGUCUAUUUGCGAGCAAGGCAGUCACAACUUACAGCUCCCAGCGUCAGAAUUCUCCCCACGCGACGAUGUGGAUGAGUUCCUGGACACAAAUGGUCGCGGUGGUCUGGGGUACAUGCGAUCAACCGAGGUUCUCAAGGACAUUCUGCGCAUUCACUCAGAAUCAUGCGGUGAUGGCAGCGUGUAUGCACACCCGAUUGAUAUGCUCCAGUUUGCAGAAGCCUAUUUGGGCAGCUGCCUGGGUUCGUCCGGGUUCGAUUUCGGGCUCAUGAUGGCCCCUUCUCGCUUCUCGCAGACAAACAUGAAUGGACUCUGGGACUACUCGCCCUUUCUCUGCGGUGUCGGUUUGGUCGAGGCUCUCCAAGUUGCGUUCAACACUAUGAUGGAAGUCUGGGACUCUAUGCCGGAACCUGUCAUGCUCAUGCAUCUCUAUAAUAUGCUGGCGAAGGAAGGAUACAUCCCGUCACGAAUGCCGAUGUACACGACCAUUCACAGAUUGUUCAGUGAUGCUUUUUACGCAGGAGGCGAGGUCCCCGUCUCAGACUAUGCGGAAGCCAGCAAAGCUUUGGUGCACACGAUCCCCAAGAGGUUGAGAAAAAGGCGCACGGCCAUGGCGCAAUCGGACUUCAUCAAAUUGAUUGGUCGCUCUAGAGGCAAACAUAACAUGCUAUACAACAUGACGGCUCAGUUGACGCUAUAUCAAGAUGCUGGGUGGAACCCGAGUCGUAUUCCCGACAGCCUCCUUCAUCCAGGAGCAGCGUUGAAGGCGGUUCGUCAGGGAAAAGUCGGAAAUAAUGCGACAUCAAUUGACGAGAAGCGACUUGAAAACUUUGUGCGUCAGUAUAAAUGCAAAACCCAAGUAUUUGAUCGCCCAAAGCUGCCUGACGCAGCGCCCUUACAAGUCCAGGAUGUCACAGCAGAUUGUUGCAGCGACAAUGAAGAUGCCGUUGACAAUCAGCAAACUGGAUUCGGCAUUUGGAGAUCUGAAACCAUCUUGGGUGAUCUGGACGUCGCCAUGAUAGACUUCGGAAACGACAUCAACGGAGAAUACGCCUACACAGGCAUAGACUAUGCGAUGGUGACGAUUGAUUUCAUCUGGCUCCUCGUCGAAAUUGAGACCGACUUGUCCAAAAUGAGGCAUCCCAUUUUCACAGAAAUAUACGAAAACCCGCGAAUCCCGAAUAUUAUCAUGAAGCGGUGUCAACUUGUCCAGACAGCAUUGAGAUCUCAUGAUAAAGAGUUCCUGACCGUUGUGGCCAAAUGUUUCUCGAAGAGAGAGGCUCCUGGUGCCUGUCCAAGAAUCACAUGGCCAUAUUACUGGCGCAAGAUGGAAAAGCCGAUCGACCGACAGGCGAAAUUGUUGAUGGAACACAUGCCCACCCAGCGAGAUCGAUCAACAGUGCCUGCAGAUGUAUAUACCUAA